UAUUUGCCCUGAAGCCACUGAGUGUCUCACACUGCCUGUGGUAUGCUACUGCCCCCCUUACACUCUUCCCGGUGCUUCCUGCCCCUGUUACUCUUCCCUGCUCUGCUCCUGUCCCCCUUCCACUUUUGCCUGUGCUGCUCCUGCCCCUGCCAUUGUCAUAAGGAUUAUUGCCCUGCUCAGGGCACUGAGGAUUUCCAUGCCAGUAUCUGCCUUUUUGUCUCCUAUCUGAAAGCUAUAGGAUGACCACCUCCGACUGGCUUUGGAGCACUGGGAUCUGGGCACUAGCCCUUCUUCUUAGACCUGCUGCAGCCCAGCUGUCAUGUGACCUCCUUAGGGUCUUAAAAAUGCAAGAAGACCUCUGUACUGAGGCUCUAGCAGCUGAAAAUGUGUCAAGGAAUUACUGGCCAGAGGGAGGAUGUGUUGGGAAGUGGGAUAAGAUUAGCUGCUGGCCUUCCUCUGCCCUCGGAGAAACCGUUACCAUUCCCUGCCCCGAGAUCCUGCAGGGCUUCACAGAUCAGCAAGGGUCCUUAUACAGAAACUGUACGAAAGAUGGCUGGUCUACAAGGUUCCCUUCAAUAGAUGUGGCGUGUGGAUAUGAUGCCAAUAUAACAGACAAUGUGGUCUAUUUCAUGCACCUGAAGACUCUGUACACCGCUGGCUAUGGAACCUCUCUGGCUUCCCUUGCCCUUGCCCUGGCUCUCCUGGCAUCAUUCAGGCGACUGCGUUGCACUCGCAACUACAUCCACAUGCACCUGUUUGUGUCUUUCAUCCUACGUGCAAUGUCCAUCUUCAUAAAGGAUGCAGUUCUUUACUCCACAGAAGACAUCAACCAUUGCAACAUCUACUCAACCGAUUGUAGCUUCCUUAUGAUUUUCUUCCAGUACUGCAUCAUGGCCAACUACAGCUGGCUGCUGGUGGAAGGACUGUAUCUCCAUACCCUGCUGGUAAUCUCCUUCUUCUCAGAGUGGAAAUACUUCUGCUGGUACAUCGCCCUGGGCUGGGGAUCUCCAUUGGUUUUCAUUAUUGCCUGGGCUGUGUGCCGCCAUCUUUAUGAGAACAUUGGGUGCUGGGACAUUAAUUCCAAUGCUAGUAUCUGGUGGAUAAUCCGAGGCCCAGUCAUUCUGUCCAUUUUUAUUAAUUUUAUCCUCUUUGUGAGGAUCAUCCGCAUUCUGAUGAAGAAGUUGAAGGCGACAGAUGUGGUUUCGAGGAAUGAUUUUGGGCAGUACAAGAGGCUGGCAAGAUCCACUCUGCUACUUAUCCCACUCUUUGGGGUCCAUUAUAUGGUCUUUGCAUUCUUCCCAGAAGAUGUGAGCAGUGGAACGGUUGAGAUCCGCCUGUCAUUUGAGUUAACACUGGGCUCGUUCCAGGGCUUUGUGGUGGCCGUGCUCUACUGUUUCCUCAAUGGAGAGGUGCAAAGUGAGAUCCAGAGGAAGUGGCGCAGAUGGCAUUUUAGGGAAUAUUUCCUGUUACGGCAGCAGAAGAACUCAAUAGUGAGCAAUGGGGUCACUGUACUUACACAAGUUUUGCCAGUCAGCCGGAGCAGCAAUAAGGAGCAGAGGAAUACACCAGCCCAGAAAACUAGUGUCAUCUAAAUUGGAGGCUCUUCAUUCUCCUACAAUCAAACAUUUAUCAGAAACCCAGAUGCUUCUAGAUCUCGGCAUAUUCAACCGAUCAGUCCAAUUGGGACCCUGAGUCAAGCCAACAAAAUUGGGUCAACUAACUAGGGGCCACAUAUCUACAGGGAAAUCCAGAAUUAUCUAGAUCAGGGGAAUGUCAAUCUAACUGGUAUCAUGAUUAAAGAGAAUAACAUAGGGUCAACUAA